CGAAACUGAACUAUAUCAUGCUCGAGAUCAUAAUCAGUACUGUUGUAGACAGAUUGGUUGGAGCACUAAGUAGUAGAUUAAUCGAUGGAUUUAAAUAUAUUAAAGAAAUGUCAGAAAUCCAUAAUGCAGUUGAGCAUUUAAAAGAAAAUCUGAAAAGAAUUAUGGUGGUGUUGGGUGAUGCUGAGGGAAAGCAAUCUAAUACUAAUGUGAAAGAUUGGUUAGAGAAGCUGAAAGAUGUGUCAUAUGACAUAGAUGAUGUGAUAGAUGAAUGGAACACAAGAAUUGAGAUGAUGGAGAUAAGAGAUAAUAACAACAAUCAAACUAAUAAGGUUCUUAACUUAAACAAGUUAUUAUGUUACAUGUGCUUUCAAUGUGACACACCUCCCAGAAAUGUAACAAGCAAAGUAAAAUUACAUAUCAAGUUCUCUGAAAAGGUUAAAGAAUUGAAUGGUAGAGUUGAUGCUAUUUGCACUGAGAAGGAUAAGUUUUCUUUCAACAUGAGCAACUCAACUGCUCCAUGUAGCCAACAAGUAGGGGAACCGCGGUUGAUGACAACUUCAUUCAUUAAUGUGUUUGAAGUGUAUGGUAGAGAUCGGGAAGAGCAAGUUUUAGUAGAUAAGUUGGUUGGUGAUCAUGAAGGUGGCAUUGGUAGCAGAGAUGAUAAAAAAAAUAUGACCAAUAAUACCCUUCAUAUUGUUGGAAUGGGGGGUAUAGGGAAGACAACAUUGGCGAAACUUGCAUACCAUGCUCUAAAGUGA